CGUCGCGCUGGGAGAAACUUCGCAGUGCUCCCAGGCACGGGGCGGUGCCAGUUUCUAGGGUAACAGGAGCCGGGGAGCCUGGGGCGUGGAGCGCGCGCCCUGCUGGACCUGGAGGUGGGGAGCCUGGACCCCGAGGCCUGCUCAGACCGGGAAGGAAGGGUCCAGGCCGGCCUGCCCGAGCUCGCCUGCAGGCUCCUGGAGGAGUUGCCACACCCCCAGUGUACGGUCAGCUACUGGCAUUGUAUUUGCUCCACAAUGACAUGAAUAAUGCAAGAUAUCUUUGGAAAAGGAUACCGCCUGCUAUAAAAUCUGCAAAUUCUGAACUUGGAGGAAUUUGGUCAGUCGGACAGAGAAUCUGGCAGAGAGAUUUCCCUGGGAUCUAUACGACCAUCAACGCCCACCAGUGGUCUGAGACAGUGCAGCCAAUCAUGGAAGCACUCAGAGAUGCGACGAGGCGACGCGCCUUUGCCCUGGUCUCUCAAGCGUACACCUCCAUCAUCGCCGAUGACUUUGCGGCCUUUGUUGGACUUCCUGUAGAAGAGGCUGUGAAAGGUAUCUUAGAACAAGGAUGGCAAGCGGACUCCACCACAAGAAUGGUUCUACCCCGAAAGCCAGUUGCAGGGGCUCUGGACGUUUCCUUUAACAGAAUUAUUCCCUUAUCAGAGCCCGCCCCAGUUCCACCGAUCCCCAAUGAGCAGCAGUUAGCUAGGCUCACCGAUUACGUGGCUUUCCUUGAGAACUGACUUAUCGUUGAGUUCAAGAUCCACCUUCAGAAUCCUGUACACUGACAAAUAGAGAAAUGUAAAAUUUUUAUUUUCAAUUUACUGGAUGGAUUAAACACCUCGGCAUUCCUUACGGAAUAUGUGAUAAAAUACAUAUAUAAUAUAAAGUAUAUUAUAUAUAUUUUAUCCUUAAGCAUUAUGCUGAAUAGUGAGGCAGUUCUCAUUUUGUAAUAUAUAACGAUUUGGCUGGUGCUGUCAGUACUACGCAGCUAGUUUGUAUUCCCAGGUGACUUAGGAAUAAGUCUCCUGCCCCAGUGCACACCGCACUCCCAUCUACACCGGAGUGGCUGGCGGUAGUGCUGCCUCUGGGUCUGGAGGAGGACUGUCCCCGGGGCAGCACCCUAAUUGCUGGGAGUGUGAUCAGCCCUUGGGAGAAUAGGCUCUUAUCCCUGGCUCCUGAGAAUCACUGAGGUAGAGUACUAAAAUGUAGCUGAGGAGCAAAUAAACACUUCCUGAGUAAACCAGUUUGUCACCAUUACAGUUUUCCAGUAGUAUGAGUAUAUCCAUUGCUAGCAGAGGAGGGCUUGCUGUGCAAGUGCAGCUUAGGGUUUUGAUGAGAGGUGUGAAGUUCUACUAUCCUGUCUCUGAGGAAAGGACAAGUUAGGUGUGGAAUGCAUUAUGUGGGGAAAGACGCUUUUGAGAAAAGUGAUAUACUCUGUACAGCUCCCCUGCCACCUGUUGAUUGCCUCUAUUUUCCUUCGUUUCAAGUUCUACCCUUUGAAGAAGUGCUGAACAAGUCUUCAUUCUUUGUGUGACAGCCCUCUGAAUGUUUGAAGUGACUGUAUUUUCAGAUUAAAAUACCCCUUAGAUCAUUUAUUCUGCAUUUGUUCAAUAAAUAUUUAAUUGAAUUUUUGAACUAUCAUCUGAGGUGGUUUCUAGAAAUUUCGCUGUCUUGGUGUUUCUAUGGACACAUUCUAGUUUGUCUCCACCUCUCAGAAUAAGAAUUUCUUAAUCAAAUAAAAAUGACCUGUAUUAUGAGUUUGGGUAGUGAUA